GUCCCUCCACCACACCGCAAUGGCCCAGCCCGUGCAAGUCACCAUUCCCGCCACAGGGCGCAAGAUCACCGUCCCAACAGGGCUCUUCAUCAACAACGAGUUUGUGCCGUCGGUGGAUUCCAAGGAUACCAUCGAGACCGUCAACCCGGCCACCGAGCUUGUCAUCUGUUCUGUCGCCGCCGCGUCUUCGGCUGACAUUGACAGAGCCGUCGCUGCCGCCCGACACGCCUUCAAUACAACAUGGGGCAAGAACGUGACCGGCUUUGAGCGUUCCAGGCUCAUGAACAAACUGGCUGAUCUGAUGGAGCGAGACGCACAGGCCUUGGCGGAGUUGGAAACACUCAACAAUGGCAAGCCCGUGCGCGUUGCUAGGGACUUCGACAUUGGCGACUCUAUACAAUGCAUCAGGUACUACGCCGGCUGGGCCGACAAGAUUACUGGUCAGACCAUCGAAGUCGACAACAAGACCAAAGUUGCCUUUACCCGCCACGAGCCCAUUGGCGUCUGCGGCCAAAUCAUACCAUGGAAUUAUCCUAUCAACAUGUGGUCUUGGAAGGUGGCCCCUGCUCUCGCGGCAGGCUGCACAAUCGUCAUGAAACCGUCAGAGGUCACCCCGCUCACCGCCCUUAAAUUGUCCGAAUUAUUCGUCGAAGCUGGGUUCCCACCCGGCGUCCUCAACACGGUCCCGUCCCUCGGCUCGGUCGGCGGCGCCGCCCUUGCGUCCCACCUCGACGUCGACAAGGUCGCGUUCACCGGCAGCACCCUGACCGGCAGGAAGAUCAUGGAGGCAGCGGCCAGGAGCAACCUGAAAAAGGUCUCUCUCGAACUGGGCGGCAAGUCGCCCCACAUCAUCUUCGAGUCCGCCGACCUCGAGCAGGCCGCCAACUGGGCCGCCCUGGGCAUCCUCUACAACUCCGGGCAGGACUGCACCGCGGGCUCGCGCCUCUUCGUGCAGGACACGAUCUACGACAGGUUCACCGCGCUGCUCGCGGAGAAGGCGCGCGCGCUGAAGAUCGGCGACGGGUUCGGCGAGGACGUGAGCGGCGGGCCCGUGGUCUCCAAGGCGCAGUAUGAGCGCGUGUGGUCGUACAUCGAGUCGGGCAAGGCUGAGGGCGCGAAGAUCCUCAACGGCGGGGAGAAACGGCAGGGCAAGGGGUUCUAUGUCGAUCCUACGAUUUUUACUGACGUCAAGCCGUCCAUGAAAAUCGUCAGGGAAGAGAUUUUCGGGCCCGUGCUGGCUGUCGCCAAGUUCCACACGGAAGAAGAAGCCAUCGCGCUAGCAAACGACACGACGUACGGUCUUGGCGCAGGCCUGCACUCCAAUGACGCCAACCAGUGCAUGCGCGUCUCUUCGGCGCUCGAAGCGGGCACGGUUUGGGUCAACCAAUACAAUAUGCUCAACAACAACGUACCUUUCGGAGGGAAAAAGCAGAGCGGCAUCGGCCGCGAGCUGGGCAGCUACGGCCUCGAGGAGUAUACCUCCGUCAAGGCUGUGCAUUGGAACUUUGGCGAGAAGCUCGACUGGCCUUUCUAGACCGGGUAGCGGACACAUGUAGCGAACAAGCGGACAGCGGGGGAAAUCUUGGAUAUGAACAUGUAUGGUAUCGAAGCCUUGUACGAAUAGUUCGCCGCUCUGGAUUUAGUAUGCGCAAUUCAUGACAUCUACUAUA